CCGAGUAACGGGACUUCAGACUGCGGGUCUCAGUCCCGGAGCCCGAGGGGCUGGCGUCGGCGCCGGGCCAGGACGAGCGCACCAUGCCCUACGUGCUCAUCAGCACCCAGAUCCGCGUGGAAGUAGGCCCCACCAUAGUGGGUGAUGAGAACGCGGAUCCAGAGCUGAUGCGACAUCUGGGGGCCACAAAAAGAAGUGUCCUGGGAAACAACUUCUCUGAGUACUACGUCAAAGACCCUCCUCGAAUAGUCCUGGACAAGCUGGAAUGCAAGGGCUUCCGUGUGCUCAGCAUGACAGGAGUGGGCCAGACACUGGUGUGGUGCCUGCACAAGGAGUAACCCUCUCACAUUUUUUGAAAUGGUUGCCAUGGGCCCUGACCCUAAGCCUCUGCCUCAUCAUUGCCCUACUUCUCUCUUCCCAAGUCAUCACUUUCCAUAGCCCAGCACCACAGGACACUGAAUGGCUUCCUCUGAAACUGGCUUCAGCCUGUGGGGGAGGGCAGGAACCCUUGCCUUGUCCUGCCAGCUUCAAGGGCCCUGGGGGAGGCCACUUUCUGUGGAUAGGCUGAGGGGUGGGCAAGAGCUAGGCUGUGCCCCUGGCCGGGAGCUGGGCACCAGGGGACAGCACAGCCCCAGGACUGGGCGGUGGGUGGGUCCUAUGUUGCUGAUCCCAGCCAAUAAAGGACUGUGAUGAGUGGUUGCUGCUCUGCUCUGUUGGCACCGACUUGCACUGCGUGCAGUGCCUCCCUGGGGGCUUGCCCACUGCCUGGAGAAGGAGAGCCAGGUCUGGGUGGCACCCUCGGAGAGAGAGCCCAGAAAGCAGGGCCAUGCUUGGCAAGCCAGCACCCUACAUCUCUGUAUGCAAUAGAGGUAGACUCCAAAAGAAAAAGUUUAUUGGUGACAUUGGAGAAAAGGGCUACGGGUGUGAGGCUAUGUGGGCUGCCCCGCCUUGUCCUCUUUCUGCAUCUGGGCGAUCAGCUGUUGCCGCUCAGCUGCCUGGCGCAUGCGCAUCAUGACGAGGCUCUCGUAGUCCCUCUCUGACACCAAUGAGCCCUGGGGACAGAGCGGGGGACAGGAAGCCUGGGUCAGGGUAGCGGGGCACAGCCCUACAACGUGGGUCUCAGAGGACAGCCUUCAGCAGAGCUACGGUCAAGAGUCAAGGAGGGAGGAUGCCAGGAACAUCCUGGAACAUCCUGUAUCCCAAUUCACCCAUGUUCCUUCAAAGGAAGCAGCACUGAGUACUACGUCACCACCAGGCCGGCGUCUCAGCUGGCGCCCACUUCAGCCUGUCUCAACCAGUUAUCACCCCCACCUCCCCCUUCUCAGACCCUUCACAUCCAUGCCAGCUCUGGCUCAUCUCUUCCGUGUGAAUCACUUCCUCUUGCUCUAGCCGGGCCCCAUCCCCCUUCAUUUCCUCGCAGUCCUUCAUCUGCCAUUCCUUUCCUCCCCCCACACCUGCUCCGCACGGGUUUCCUUCAAGUGAGGGGACACUGUCAGAGGUGCAAAAAUCCACUCUGCUCUUCCAGAUGGGGCCAAGAGCACCUCCCCCUCCCACCUGCCCGCCUCCCUGAGGUCCCUCCAGCCAAGGACCUGGGAGAGGGGAGCCCUCCCC